AUGGAAGUCACCAAGAUUGCAACCUUCGGCCUUGCACCCGUGGCCAUCGAGCCGCUGGAAACCUUCUACCUGGCCGCUCUCACCGAGAUCCAAGAAACCUACAACCGACUGCCUGCCAUUGCUGAGCUGGACUUGAAAUUCACCCCUAUGUCCGUUCCAUCCGGGACGGCCCGGGGAAGUCUUGUCUUUCCAUUCCUCCUCUCCGCAACCGAACGCACCACUCUCGACGAAAGGAAGUCGGGAUUUGCCAACGUAGUGCAUGCCUUGUCGACACAGACUUUGGUUGGCGGGAUGAACUUGGAAGUCAAAGUGGUAUUCAAGCUUUGCAUCUGCUGA